ACUUUUCUCAAUUACAAUUUUGCUGAGCUGUGAGCCUACACACACCUUCUACACUAUGAGAUACAAGCAGUGUGGCCGUCCCCAAUUUACCUACCUCACACCCACAUCAAUUUACUGUUUAACUACAGAUGAUGCGAGCUACACUGACAUGUUAAGCGCCGCCUGCCGAAUCCACGUUUACGGAGGGAUACGCAGUCGUAGUAGUUAGUCUGAUAACGGAGUCUUACGGAGUCAUAACCAACAAUUUUGUCGCCGAAGCGCUGUAAACCUCACUUAAUUGGAAAAGAAGUUCAUCCUAGUUAUUGCGAUAACGCUUCUGCAGCGUCUGUGCUGCCGAACUCGGGAGGUCGGGACCAACACGGCUUGCUUGGUCGUCGGCCGCUUGCAGCAGCAUCGUUAGUGGCUGUAAGCGCCCUCGAGACUGAAGCAGCCCAGAUUUUUUAAAGAUCAACGUGCCCGAACUCGCGAUGGGGAUUAUGGGGCGCCAUUACCUGGCCAUUUUACUCAGCUUUGCGUUUCUGGGCUCACCAAUUGUGGACAGCCUCGCUGCCGCCAAGCCGGCCGCUGCCAGCACCGCCAACAGCGGACAGCAGCAACAACCAGCAAUAGCAGCAGCUGUAACAGCUGUCUACAUGCGCCAAGGCGCAGAUGUACUUGACCUGCAGUGGGACCUUGCUCCGAGACGGUUGAUACGGCAAUUGAAGCAGUUGGGUUUGAAUCCUAAAGAGAUUGAGGACAGCAACCUUAGCGAGGGCGUCGAAGCACCAUCCGUGGAGAGCGUUCUGCGGACUUUGCCGCAUGGCAGCACGUAUGUCAUCCCAGCUCAACACGGGCUGCAGUUUUACUGCGAGGCUGAGAACAUGGAGGCAGUGGCUUCGUUUCUCAAGGCGGGUGGUUUGGUCAUCCUCUUGGAUGCGAAUGACGCAGACGGCGAGGCGGCCCGGCAGUUCAUCACUAAAGCUUUGCAGUACGAAGGUGGCUGGACUACUUGCGGCCGUACAGGCGACAACGGCCACAGCAGCCUGGGGGUUCCAAAGGCGGUCAUGCCUUACGCGCACUCCUUCCUCCCCUCCGCCGGCUCCGACUCCCCGGGCUCUGCUGCCUGGCCGACCCAGCUGGAGGACGCGCGCUUGUUGCGAGUGAACAGCUGGUGCCACUCGGCGGACAAGCGGGCGCUCACCUGGCCGCUGUACACCACCGGGGACAUGAAGCACGUGGCGGUGCAGGCCUUCGGCAAGCUGGACGUCCCCGGUGCCGUGGUGUGGCUGGGCUACAGCUGGCGCGAUGGCCCCCGUCAAGAGUGGGGUGCGCUGCUGGAGAAGCUCAUCCACGACUUUGCUGAAGGCCGCUACGCUGCAACCCCUCCCACAAGCACUGACCCCGUCACCGAUUUUUCCGACGUUUUGGUCUCCGUGGAUAGCAUAAUGGAGGCUGCAGCCGGUGUUUCAGAAGAGGCUGCUGCUCUUGUGCGACGCUUCCUGCAAGAUACCGCCACGCCAGCCACGUACCCGCCGCCGCCAACUCCAGCAGCCACCUCUCCUUGCACCACCUGCCAAUCCUGCCUCUCCCUCAUGGCCCCCGUCGCCUCCGUCGCACUUGAAACCUCCAACGCCUCCAUCCGCGCCUCUACCUUCCUCACCUCCUGCCUCGCUGGCUCGUAUUCUUCCGUCUCCUGCAAUUCCAUCGCCGCGUCCAUUCUAUCCGGCACCACCAACCUCGCCGCUCGCGCCGGUCUGCUGUGCUCCUCCCUCGGCGCCUGCUCCACCUCCUCAUCGUACUGUACCGCCCUUACCGUUGCCCGGCUGAGCAAAAAUACCGGAUCUUCCACCACCCUCACCGGAUCUUUGGACCUGUGCGCUGCCGAGGGUGUCAGUGGAGGCACGGGUACGGCAUUAUUCAGUACGGCAGUGAUGGGGGCGGGAAGCUGCCGCAACCCCGCGGAUUGCAUGGCCUCUGGGGGUUCUGGUUACGUGUGUGAGUUUGCGGCUAAUGCAACUUCUAAGCAGACGUGUGAGUGCACUAACGGUCGCGACGUGUGCCGGAACGUGGGCACCUGCACGGCCUACUGCUCCCUCAACUCCACACUCGCCACUGUUGCCAGUCUGAAUGCCGGUUCCACCACCUGCGAUCCUGCCGCUCUGCUGCCUGGCCAAUGCGCUUCAACGGAGGCCUGCGUUGCCGUACAAGGUUGCAGCCAGUGGCAGUGCGAUGCAACCUCCCAGCAGCUUAAACGGGCGGCCUGCACUGGAAUCUGUCAGCCGCUGGCCAUGAUUCCCACUUCUGCACAGAUCGCGGAUAAUGGGCAGUCAGUUGCCAUUACCCUCAGUGCAAGUGCGGCAUCGUUGAGCCUCGUGGCAUGCAGCGGCGUGUUUGACGAUGCCAGUACGGCAGCGUUGGGCGGAUCAGGCGCGCUGUGCAGCGUGAGUGGCACAACAAUGACGGCGCGGCUGACGUCCUCGGCAACCCUGCUGGCUGGUCAGCAGCUGUCCAUCCGGUCAUCGGGCUCGCUUCUGGUGUCGCAGCUGGACCCCACUCGAGCCUUCAACGGCUCCGUCUCAGUGGCAGCAUGCAAGUCCUGUAUCGUGCCGCUGCCCGUACUCACCGGCCCCACCGCCAUCAGCACGCAGCCCUGCACCGCAGUCAGCUCACUGGUCUCAGCGGGGUCACAGGCGCCCGUGUUUGAUGCGUCGCUAUCGGUAGACCCGUCUGGCCGCGCCACUUGGGCCCACGUGCAGUGGAUACUGCCAGCUGGGUACGGCAGCCCGGCCAGCCGUGCCGUACUGCAAGGUGCUGUUGACCGAGCUAACGGCAUGGAGCUGAACAGACAUCGGCUACGCCUGUCGCUGACGUCCUCCGAGGUGUCAUCGCUGGGGGCCCCCGCGGAGUACCGCCUGCAGGUUGUUCUGGAGUCCUGGCUGGGCACCUCCGCCAACGCCACCCUCGCCUUCACCACUGUCACCGUGGGCAGCAAGCCCGUGGUGCGGGUGGUGGGACCCACCUCGCAGACCUUCCGGAUAGGCAGCGGCCUGCAGGCGGGCGCUGAGGCUGACUCGCCAUGCACAGGUCAAUCGCUGCAGUGGCGUUGGACAUCGCCCUCUGGCUGGGCUGGGCUGCCGGCUGCUGGCGUGUCGGGGCAGCAGCUGUAUGUGGCCGGCCCCGUGCCGGCAGUGCAUGGCCAAACGAUUGACUUGCGGAUUACAGCCAACUAUGGAGGCGAUGCCGACACAGCCACUGCUGUCGAUAUGGCCUUCACAGCUGUUGGCUCCACACCCGUCGUAGCCCUAUCCGGGCCUCCCUCUGAAGUCCCUGACAAUACCACCAUCGUCCUCAGCGCCACCGGCUCCUACGACCCGGACACCACCACCACGCUGCAGCGCCUGACCUUCACUUGGUCAUGCGUGCACGAGGACUACCCUACCCCCUGCUUCUCAAGCUCGGUGCAAGGGGAUGCUGACAGCGUCCCCGGCGUGUGGAGCAUCCCUCCAGGGCUGCUGACGACCGGCAAGUGGCACACCUUUUCUGUUACGGUCGCGAAAGAGGUGGCUGCGGGCGCUUCAGCGCUGCAGGCGUCGGCUUCGGUUACGUUCCGGCCGCGGCCUGCCGCCGAUCGCUUCCCUCGCGGCACUCUGACACGGCAGUGUGCCAGCGGCAUGUGCACCGGCCCGCACAGCACGGAUGCGCCCUUGACGGUUAUGCUGGCCAUGGCGGCUGGCUACAGCAUCUCCAGCGUCCUAUGGACAAGUGCAGAACUGCCUGGCCUGGGUGCAACGGCAGCAGCAGACAGCUCGGCACAGUCCAACGCGCGUUUUCUGACAGUCCCAGCCUCACAGGUGCCCACCAACCGCCUCAGCCUUACCUUGACGGCCACCAUGAAAACCCCGGACGGCCUAAGCGGAGAGGCUACGAUCACGGUGCCCCUCAACUCUGGACCAUACUGUAGCCUAGCCAGCUCUGCUGGCGGCGACAUCGGCUCCGUUGCCGCCUCCGCAUGUCUGUCUGCGGAAGCCUUAGACGACGUCUUCCCGAAGGCGGCCUUUGUCAUGCGGGCUCAAGGCUGGGCCGAUGGUCAGGAUUCCCAGCUACGUUACGAAUAUGGGGUCCGUAACGUCCGUGGCGACGGCCGCGUUGUGGAUCAGAUGUACCAGAUUGGAAGUGCUGCAUCGGCGACAAUAACCGGCCUUUCACAGGGCAAUGUCACGCUGUACGGGUGUGCCAUCGACAGCCAGGGCUCCCGUACCUGUGGCGUCCUCAACGUGGCUGUGAAGCCGCCGCCCGCGGACUUCGACGCCGUAGCGGCGGUGGCGUCAAUCGACGUGGACCUCGUCCUGCAAUGGAACGACGCGAGUGCACUGCUGCAGGCCGGGCAGGCUCUUGCAAACUUGCUGUCAGCCGCCUUCAGCAGUACCGCUGACUCCACCACUAGCGGCAGCGGCAGCGGCGGUGGCGGCGUCAACGCGACUGCCCUCGCUGAGGUUGCUGACAAGCAGGGCAUGGCCAUUGUUAACGCCAUCCUUGGCCGCACCACCAUGGCUGACCCCGCCGAGGUGCAGCAAGCCAUCGCCACCAUUUCAGCAAUUGCUGAGAGCACCUCCUCCGCGCUGUCUGAUAGCUCCAGGGAGGCCAUCCUGCAGGCCGCAAAGGCCGCAGCCACCACGCUCUCCACUACCACAACCCCUCCGACCAGCAUGUUAUCUCAGGUCUGCCUGUUGUUAGGGGUCUCCAUGCCCGCAGCAGCCGCCUCCGGGGCUCAGGCACCUACAGGCAGCCGGCGCCGUGCAGUGCUAGCAUCUUCCAAUGGGGUUGCUGUCAGCAGUGCCUUGUCGCGACUACAAGACUUCCUUGCCGUCGCCAGCGGGUUGGGCCAUGCGCUGGGGAGUCAGGCAAUCCCAGGUGGAAGCUAUUUGGCUGUGGGCGACGGCGGUGUUUAUGUGUCUGCUGCGGCGUUGGUUGCCUCGGCUGUUGAUGCAGGCAGUAGUGACAAUGCGACUGUAUCGGUACGCCUCAGCGCCGGUCCUGAAGCCUUGGUAGCAACCCUAGCAGGCAGCAACAGCAGCAGCACUGCAGCUAGGCGCCUAGCCUUGGCAUCAACCGGUGCUGCAGCAGCCUCUCAUCGCCGGAGCUUGAAUGCAGCAACAACAUCGUCUGCCACAACCAGCAGCAGCGUUGAGGCAGAGAUGGUGCUUGCCGGGACCGCAGCCAGCACAGCCUGUGGGUACGGCAUUGUCCUGCAGUACAGUCCAGCGGCUUCAUCCGCGCUAGGAACGGUGCUAGCCGGCUCACUCUCCGACUCGGUCGCCGUCCUGCCUACCGGACUUACGACUGUUUCUUGGAAUGCCGCGCCCACCAUUAACACUGCUGCUGCUGCCGCCCCCCAGCUAGACGGCAAUAGCAGCUACCUGCUGCUUCGUAUCCCUGCGCCUGGGUACAAUGCCACGAAGGCGACAACCUGCCUGUCGUACAACGUAACCACAAACACUGCCGCUGACGUCGGCGCCAGCUUCAUCUCGUACGACAGCCUUACCGGCUUGGUGACCUGUCGUACAAUGAUCAUGGGAAGCUACAUUCUUACCCAGAACUCGGCCUCACAGGGUCAAACACCUGCUGGCCAGCAGCAGUUAAACUCUACCGCGGGAGGCAACACCAGUAACAAUGGUAACAACGAUGGCAGCUCUGCAGUAGGUGAAUCCGGAGUAGAGACUUCAGCUGACAACCGCAAGAUCUCGAAUGCGUCACUCAUUACCGGGCUUAGUGUCACCGGAGGUGUCCUACUCAUAAUUACACUAGCAACUCUUGUUAUGCUAAAGGUUGCUGCAUACCGUCGCCAGCGGCAGCAAGAUUUCUCACCCCUACCUUCACCGGAGGCACCGGCAAACCUAAUUAUGUACAACCCAGUCGCCGAGCAGCAGCCAUCCGCCGGUGGCGCAUCCGCAUGCGUAUCUCUGGAGAUUUCGAUAUCUGAAGGCGGCGGCGGCAGUGGCGGUGGUGCUGCAGCAGUCACGCCCUGGUAUUCAAUGGGCACGAGACGGACAGGCAUACCUCCGGCGUCGCUGCCGCCGAUGGCUACGAUGCCGCUAACAAGGUCAUCGCCAGGGCAUCUCUUGCGGCAAAUUAGGCCGGAGCCGGUGGUACUAGAGGGCGGCUCGUCAUCGUCCUCAAUGUUGACCUUGGCGUCGGUGUCUACAUUGGAGCGGGGCUCGGCGCAGUCAGUGGGUACCGGUAGCCAUGUGCACCUACCUAUGCAACCCGAACCAACGCCCCUGCCAGCUGUCCUCCCGAAGGUGUCGGUGUGCGGCAGCGUGUUGAUUGUGACGGAUGCACAGGAUGAGGAAGGGACAUGCGACUUGGAUGCAAGUCCUGGGCAGGAGAAAGUGAGGUUUGGUGGAGGACCCAGUGGUGGCGGCGUCGUGUCCAAAGGCAAGGAGGAGCCAGGCUUUACGCGUGUGUCGGGAGCGGGUGAUGAGAGCAGGCGCGGGUUGACUUGGCAACAGCAGCAGAUGUCUUGAGAUAGCGUACGGCAGGGUUAUGUCGGGCACUAGCGUCAGGAGGGAUUGCCAAUUUUAGUAGUCUUGGGAUGAUACGCCGCUCUUAAAUAAGGAUGCGAGCUGAAUUAUGUUGAGCACUGAUAUGUAAUUAUUUUUGGGGUUAUUAUACCAAUGCUGGAAGUUCAGGCGGCACAGUCCUUCUCAACGUUUGUACGGCAGCAUAUUGCUGUUUUGAGAUUGGCAACCAUGCAUGGACGUACAUUGGUGUACUUAUAUAAUCGUGCUGUAGGCCGGGGGGCAGUUUUCCUUACGUACGAUGUAGUAUGUACCUAAUGCAUGAUGGCAUGCCAGCAAAACAUACAGGGUCUCGAAUAACGUGUUGAUGCGCUGUUGUCGUUGGAAUGUCGUACGGUAGAGAAAGUCCGCAUGUGCUUGGAUUUCCUUAUUAAGCUACCCGUGACUUAUAUCGCAAUCCCAAAUGGGCGUACUAGACAGUGGCAGACCGACAUGCAUGAUAGUAGCAGACUGUGGCAGACCGACAUGCAUGAUAGUAGCAUAGUGUCCGCGUAGGUUUAGUCGACUAGGUCCUCUGAUGUACUGCGCUCAUUCAGACGUACGGGACUGACUAGUGUACCCAAACUUGCCGUACGUAUGGCUUGUGUUUUCUCCUGAGACUCAUUACGAUUAUUGAACCGGCACUACUUCUACAUUAUAGGAACGCUUGGUGAUGGGUUGAUGAUAUGAAGCGAUUUGGGGAAGUUGCAGUGCUACGAGCAAUCCAACUGCAGUAGGUUUUGCUGGCUUGGCCGUCUUGAUGGGAGACGUACGACCAGGGCCCGCCCACGUCAUUCAGUUUCUUGCUUUCAUGAUGUCAGGGAGGAUGUGGGCACGUCAUGGAGGUGAUGCAAUACUCGUAUCCCACCCUAAGAGCAUUUUUCCGCGACUCAGGGGCAGAGUCACUCUGAAAGCCUACAGCUGCCCAAGGACCCUAGUUGCCACUGCUGCUGCCGUGUGUUGCCGUAUGACGCUGACACACUACACUUUGACCGCACAACCUCUGCUAACGGAUGUGUACUCAAGCUGUAGACGGUGCAAUAUAUCGAGGCUGGCUAUGCGUGGGGAAGUAAUGUAACGUG